CUGAGGUGGGCUGAAGCCACGCGGCCUCGUCGCCCCCGAGGCUUGCUUGUGGGCCCCUGGUGCGAUCGCGAUCGCGGGGACCGAUCACCUGGUGAGCCAGGAGCGUGAUUUCUGCGAAGGCUCAACAAGCCGUCCCGGAUUCUUCCUGGAUCGCGACCGGGGGCCGUUGCCAUGGAAACCAGAGCGCUAGGCCGGCAAGGGUGGCGAUGGCUCCUGCAUCGUGACUGUAGUGUUAUCUCCUCGAGACCUUCUCCUCAGACUCGGCGCCGCGCCCGCUUCCCUUCCUCCCCCGCUAGCCCUCCUGCGGACGAGAGUUUCCCACGCAGAACUAUGCCGCCCUCGCGCCCUGCCUCCUUCUGAGCCACCACCACCUCUGCCACCUCCACCUCCGCCGCCUGGAUGACCGCAGCCUCGUGUGCCUUCCCCGUGCAGCAGCUGCGCCCGCCCUCGCUCUGCGGCUUCUCGCAGAUCACCAGGAGUCUGUACAUCAGCAACGGCGCGGCCGCCAACAACAAGCUGCUGCUGGCCAGCCAUCACAUCACCACGGUCAUCAACGUGUCGCUGGAGAUCAUGAACGUCUUCUACGAAAACAUCGAGUACCUGCACGUGCCUGUUGCCGACGCGCCCAGCUCCCACCUCUGCGGCUUCUUCGACCCGGUGGCCGACCACAUCCACCGCGUGGAGAUGAAGCAAGGCCGCACGCUGCUGCACUGCGCUGCGGGCGUCAGCCGUUCGGCCGCCCUGUGCCUCGCCUACCUCAUGAAGUACCACGCCAUGUCCCUGCUGGAUGCCCACGCAUGGACCAAAUCGUGCCGGCCCAUCAUCCGGCCCAACGUGGGCUUCUGGGAGCAGCUCAUCCACUACGAGCUGCAGCUGUUCGGCAAGAACACGGUGCGCAUGGUCAGCUCCCCGAUGGGCAUGAUCCCGGACGUCUAUGAGAAGGAGAUGCGGUUUAUGAUCCCACUCUGAGCACCCCUUUGACCCCGACUCCCGGGCUCCAGGUGGGCGCAUCAAGAGGGGGGCCUGAUGUGCUCUGCGUGCCCUGCCAAGAUCUGAAACCAGGACGUCAAACCUGACAUGGACGCAGAAGAGAUAAGCAGGAGAUGGCGCUGGCCAGGCCUGGGAAGAAUCUUGGAUGGCCAUAGUUUUGAACCUCGUAAUCCCCGUGUUUAAAAAGAUGUCUACUGUGGGAGGGGCAGGCUGUGACUGCUAUGGUCCUUCCUGGUGUUAGAGAGAAGCAGCUGGUAUACCAGGAGAGUGGCACACCUGAGGGGGCCUGCGAGCCCUCCCCAAGAAUGACCAACCCAGGAAGGAACCUGCUCGCCUGCCACCAACCCCACUUUGCUUUGUUUGUUGUUUCUUUGUUUUUAACUCAUACAGCCAGAGCCUUAAGCAUGGGGUCACCUUCUGGGCUUGUCAACUUAACCAGACAAGUGACCUUCCAACUGCACCCUGUCCAUCUUUGCCACCGUGGCCUAACUCUGGUUCACUAGAUCAGAUGUACGCACAUGCGUAAGGCAGCUUUUGAAGCAAGCAUUCCACCAAAUAAAAUGG